ACAGGAAGUGAGUUUGCAGUCAAAUGCAGAGCUGUCACCCCACUUGGUGACAUGUCAUUCCUGUAAACUCUUGUGAAGAUGGUGCCGUUCUAGUUCCAGAUUCUGCUGCUGCCGCGAUGCCCUGCUUGGGUCAUCAUCUCUCUCACUGGCCUUGAUGCCAUCGGAAACAACGAUCCACAAAUUUUGCAAGCUGGAGUCUGGUCCAUCUGGAGGAUGGGGAAUGUGAUGCGAGGUGUGAGUGCUGAGAACAAGGUCAACACCGAAAACCCUGAAACCUCCCUGAAGGGCGCAGAAGACGAGGUGGUGGUCGUGCUCCAGGACUAUCCUGCUCCUGAAAUCAGCGAGCCGAUCUACAGACUGGGAGAAAAGCUCAAAGUGGUUGCACAGGAGGCUUAUUGGUGGAGAGUGCGCUCUAUUCAAACAGGCAAGGAGAACUACAUACCCGGCAGCCAUGUAGCACGAGUGUACCAUGGCUGGCUGUUUGAAGGUGUGGAGAGGCAGAAGGCGGAAGAACUGCUUCUUCUACCCGGGAACAGAGUGGGUUCUUUUCUGGUCCGAGAAAGCACCAGGGAGAGAGGUCUGUAUUCGCUCUCAGUGAGGCACAGGAGUGUAAAGCACUAUCGUAUCUUCAGACUUGACAACAGCUGGUACUACAUCUCCCCACGUCUCACUUUCCAGUGCCUUGAAGAUAUGAUCAAUCAUUAUUCUGAUUCUGCAGAUGGGCUAUGCUGUGUGCUAACCUCGCCCUGCCUGUCAGGCACGACUCAGCCGCCAGAUGCAAGUCUUGGAGCUCCACCUGUAGUGAUGCGGCGCAACUUUGACUGGAACAAAGUAGACAGGAACCAGCUGGUCAGCACAGACGCCUGCAACGAAAACAUGGUGAGCUAUGGAGUCAGGAACAGCAUCGCUGCCUAUCUGUCCUUUGCUGGCGAUCAAGACCCUUCACGGGUGAAACCAGAUAGCCGGAAGAAGAAAAGCAAAUCGCUGUAUGUUGUUCCUGAAAAUGGCCUUCCGAACACUGACUAUGACGAGGACUUCUAGAUGCAACAGUGAAGCUAAAAAGCCCGGACUAUUUUUAAGUGGAGGCCAGUAGACAGCUUCCUCUGAAAUCUACUACCGAUUCCUUCAGCCAGCAGAGAACAGUACUGGGCCGAAACUGUUACCCCAAAACAUCGAGGCGUUUCAUUGUUUCUACUUUGAGCACUUUGAAGUACUUUUAACAAUAACGCAAAUUGCAUGACCAAUUACACUUGUGAAGUAGUUGAACUGGAUGACGGUGCAAUUUAGAUGUGAAUGCCUGAACGCAGGGCAGAAAAACAAAGCUUGGCAUUAUGGUGUGAUGAGUGAUGUGGGAUAGAUUCUAAUUAUAUGCAUAUGGCUUUUUGUGGCUUUCAAACUAUUUUAAGUUUUAUUACUAUGGUAAAAUGGUCAUAUUGGGACGAAGGGAACCUCAGAUCAUUUGAAUUUGGGGGCUACAUUGAUGCAUUGAAGAUGAAGAUGAUAUGAUGAGUGUGUCUCAAACAGUGACUUAUUCACACAUGAACAUAGGGGGAAAUGAGCAAAAUGUGGAUUCCUCUUAUAGUUGCCAUCCUACGAUUUGUCAUUCGAUGUUAAUUCUCACUCUGAGAUUCACUACACAAGCCAGUGUCGCAGUUAUCAACAACCAGCCUCUAACUAAUGGCCAUCGUCGUGGUGUGACACACCGAUCAAGAGAGUGGGACCAUGUGUAUAGACAGAGGUUAUAAAAAAUAUAAUCUGCUUUAGUAAUUUGAGUGAACUGGCCCUUUAAAUAUCCCUGGAGGGUGGAAAAUAAUCACUUCUGUGAAGCACGAUAAGGCUCCAAAUAGUUCAUCAAUAACAUCUGCUGUGUGGGUUGUUCACAAAAUAGUUUUUUUUCUUCUUCUUUUAUUUUUUUUUUAGUUUAUUAAUGUUUCCUAAACACUGAAAUGUAUGUUCCUGUGUAAUAAUUUAUCUAACUUGAGCAACUUAGGUUACAAAAUAUCGUUACCGGGCUUGGUAACAAUAUUGUAGUGUUACUAGUAUACUAACAAACACACAACAGUGCAUGCGAAACAGGCUCGUGUAAAUACUGUGUAUAAUUAAUAUGUAUCGGUUAUCAUGUUUCAUGUAUCAAUCAAUUACAGGAAUGGCUGUUAUGGUAAUAGUCUGAUGCUUUUUUGCCGUAUGUUUUAUUUAAUGUUACAUGGGAAUAAAGACCAGUCAACUGCAAUACUAA